AUGUCCUCUGUCCCUCAAGGCUUCUCUCUGGGCUGGCGGUGGCUCCCAGGGCACUGUGCCUGGCUGGACAGCAGGAUUCUGGAGCCCAGAACUGACUUUCGUGGCCACCCCCUUCCCCGGCCAUCCAUCUCCCCGCGGCGCGUGGCGGACACACCGCCUCCUGGUAUUGAACAGCGAGAUGAGAAGCUGGACAGCAGUACAGCUGGCAUUUCUGAGGGCCCGCUCUCCUCACUGGCGGCUCUGGAGCGAGUCCCUAGGACCCCCAUGGCAAGUGUGCAAACUGGGGCUCUGAGAGCCUUCCUCUCCUCCGGCCUCAGGGCCCUCACACCCUCUGAGUCCUGUGUUCUGCCGGUGGCCAGUUCCAGCUGGGAGCCCAGGCUGGGCCCGCCCUUCCCGGCAGGCCCUGACACCGGCUCCUCCAGGACCCCAGCCGUGGCCAAACCUUCUGGGCAGGACCCCAAGAACCCUCGCGUGUCCAGCGUGACGGUGCAACUGGAGAUGAAGUCUUUGUGGGAGGAGUUCAACCAGCUGGGCACAGAGAUGAUCGUCACCAAAGCGGGCAGGAGGAUGUUCCCCACCUUCCAGGUGAAGAUUCUGGGCAUGGACAGGCUGGCCGACUACGCUCUGCUCAUGGACUUUGUCCCCCUGGAUGACAAGAGAUACAGGUACUCCUUCCAUAGCUCUGCGUGGCUGGUGGCUGGUAAGGCAGACCCUGUCACACCCGGCCGUGUGCACUUCCACCCCGAUUCGCCAGCCAAGGGUGCACAGUGGAUGCGCCAGAUUGUGUCCUUCGACAAGCUCAAGCUAACCAACAACCUGCUAGACAACAAUGGUCAUAUCAUCCUCAACUCCAUGCACCGUUACCAGCCCCGCUUCCACGUGGUCUUUGUGGACCCACGGAAGGACAGUGAACGCUAUGCCCAGGAGAACUUCAAGUCCUUCAUCUUCACGGAGACCCAGUUCACCGCCGUGACAGCGUACCAGAACCACCGGAUUACUCAGCUGAAAAUCGCCAGCAAUCCUUUUGCCAAGGGCUUUAGAGAGAGUGACCAGGACUCCUGGCCUGUGUCCCCACGGCCCCUGCAGAGCAUCCCACCACGGGGUCAUAGCAGUCUCCGUCCCUAUCUGAUAAAGGGUCUCACAGAGCAGGAGACAGAUCUCAGCAAAGCUCCAACCUCCACCUCAAGGACCUCUGCGCUCAACCAUCAACAGCUGGCACCCCCUGAGGCCCUGCUGGCCCCAGCCACCUAUCGCCCUCCCACCUACCAGAGUCUGUACCCAGGAGUCCCAAGUUCCUUUGGGAUCCCAAGAGCCCGAUCAGCACCAUACCCUCUUCCCAACAUCCAGGCUGACAGGGAUCAAGGGGGUCUGCCCCUCCCAGAAGGGCUGGGGCUCCUGUCCUCCACUACUGUAUGCCUAGGGCCCGGCCAGGACCCACAGUGA